AUGUCUUUCGGUACCAAGGCCAAGCUUCUGUCCGGCGAUGAGAUCCCCACUCUCGGCUAUGGCACAUGGCAGUCCAAGCCCGGUGAGGUGUCGGUCGGUAUCUACGAGGCCCUGAAGGCCGGCUACCGCCACCUCGACCUGGCCAAGAUCUACGAGAACCAGAAGGAGGUGGCCGAGGGUCUGCACAAGGGCAUCAAGGACUUUGGCAUCAAGCGUGAGGACCUCUUCAUCACCUCCAAGCUGUGGAACAACGCCCACCGCCCCGAGCACGUCGAGAAGGCCCUCGACGACACGCUCGCCGAGCUGCAGCUCGACUACCUCGACCUCUACCUGAUCCACUGGCCCGUCGCCUUCCCCCUGGAGGGCGCCAUCGGCGAGGUGCUCUUCCCCAAGCACAAGGAGAAGUCGGGCGAGGUCGCCCUCGACAACGGCGUCUCCCUGGUCGACACGUGGAAGGCCCUGAUCGCCCUCCCCAAGAGCAAGGUCAGGAACAUCGGCGUCUCCAACUUCACCGUCGAGCACCUCGAGCAGGUCUCCAAGGCCACCGGCGUGGUCCCCUCGGUCAACCAGGUCGAGCGCCACCCGCGCCUGAACCAGAACGACACCCUGAUCCCCUACGCCAAGGAGAAGGGCAUCCACAUCACCGCCUACUCGGCCUUUGGCAACAACAGCUUCGGCCUGCCCCUGCUCAUCACCCACCCGGCCGUCGAGGCCAUCGCCAAGAAGCACAACGCCACCGGCGCCCAGGUCGUCCUCGCCUGGUCCCAGGUCGGCGGCCACAGCGUCAUCCCCAAGUCCGUCACCCCCAGCCGCAUCGCCGCCAACUUCCAGGAGAUCAAGCUCAACGACGACGACGUCAAGGCCAUCAACGAGAUUGGCACCAAGGAGUACCAGCGCUUCAACGUCCCAGCCACCUACAACCCCAAGUGGGACAUCAACAUCUGGGACGACGAGAAGGAGAAGUCCACCACCAACAAGGUUGUCGUGGUCUAA